UCGAUGGGUAUAAAAUGGGCGAGCUCGGGUGCUGGAGCAUCAGAAAGUCUACGGACGUUGAAGCUGCAGUAUCUAGUCCUUGCUACCUUGCAAACAGUCAGCGUUUUUGGAGCUCUAACUUAGCAGGAUGAGGCGAACACGUUUCUUAGUGAGACCAGUCCGUUCUUGGCAGUACGUGGGUCUGAUGGUUGUGUCGUUGGCCUGCAUGACAUUGGGCCUGGUCUCGAGGGACCGCGAAGGAAGAUCUGGAAGCCUCGUUGGUCCAGAACUGAAGCAUUCUGCACCACAUAAGGUGGACGCUUGCCCAAAUGAGCUGGCCAUGGUAUUCCGACGGCUUGCUGACGACCCGGCUGACAAAGGACUCGAUUUCGGUGACAAUCGAAUUACUCCCUAUAGUUUUGAUCAAUCGAGAGUACGAUCUGUGGGAUCGAGAUCACGGUCUGUGAGAUCGAGAUCAUUGGAUCGGGAGAGUGGACGAAAUGAACGUCGGUUUUUGGAAAGAAACCGAGAGUCUAAUUUACGAGAAUUGGAGAAUCGAAGACUGAACAGAAAUAUGCGAGAAGCAGAGAAUCGAAGACUGAAUCGAGAUGUUCGAGAAAUGGAGAAUCGAAGACUGAGUGGUAGCAAAUUUGAUAGGAAUCGGAACUCUAAGCGCGUUACUGAAGAACGACGAUCAGUAUCAGAACGAAGGAUUCGAGAAGCUAUGGAACGUCGGGAUAUGAGGAACGCACGAGUUGAAGCUUCUCGAGUUCGGGAAAGUCGGGAUAGACGUCUCGAGGAAAGAGUUAGAGAAAUUCGUAACAGGCGCGUUGAGGAAACUAGAGUUCGGGAAAUUCGCGAUAAGCGCGUUAAUGAAAAUAGAGUUCGGGAAAUGCGGGAAAGACGUGCUAUUGAUACGUCGCGGAUUCGUGACACGCGAAAUGGUCGCACUGUAGCAUCACGAGCUCAAGAAUCUCGAAAUGGCCGCCUUACUUCUAGACUAGUUGACUCACGAGAAGAACGUACUGUUGAAGUUUCGCGAAUCCGUGAAUUACAAAACGAACGUCUUGCAGCCUCUAGAGUUCGUGACUCACGAGAUCGUCUCUCAGCUGCAAGAUUAUUAGAAGCCCGUGAAAGACGUUCUAUUCCAACAGAACGAUCUCGCGAAACCCGAAACGAACGUCUCGUACGGUCUAGACUCUCCGAAAUACGCGACUCGCGUCUUCCAGAAGUUUCCCGAAUACGAGUACGAGACACUCGGAAUGAACGUAUUCCAGCUACGCGAGCUCGUGACUCACGAGAUCAGCGACUCUCAGCUUCUAGAUCAUUAGAAACCCGGGAAAAACGCGCCGUGGAAAAGUCACGAGUCCAAGAAACACGAAACGAACGACUUGCUGAGGCUUCUAGACUUCUCGAGCGUAGGGCUCGUGAUGCAAAUGCUCAAGAUCGCGUUCCAUUAACCAGCCGAAUUCAAGAACGCAGAUCCGCAGAACGUCAGCAGGUCAAUCGUCGCAUUGACAGCGCUCGUGACUCAUCAGUAAUUUCUCGAGACCGCAAAGCAGAUGCGGUCCGCGUCGAUCGCGUAUCAGAACUCGCGGCUCAACUUACGCGACUUAACUACCUCAGUAAAUUCCCCGAACUCAAAAUAAAGACAUCGAAUUACGAAUACUUCAAAGAAGCUUUGGUAGCUGCUUUGUGCGCAGUCUACGCCGCGUCUAUUUUCCAAGGGAAGACCAGCUACUUCAGGAACAUCAUCCCCCAAACCAACCGCUUCGUUGUCUGGUAAAAAAUUACCGAGAUUCAAAAAUAUAUUUUCAACAACUGGCAAUUCUGGCACUCAUAUUUAUCUAUAUACAUAUAUAUAUAUUUAUUCUGGCCUUAUAAAUCUAACCCUAGUUCUUAGAUUGACCUGAAAUUUUUCCUGAAUAUUUAUAACAGCCAGAAAAACUUAUACUCAUUAAAAAAAUAUAACUAUAUAUUAUAUAUUUAUUGUAGCUCUCUAAUGAGAGCAUCCUGUUAUUGAUAAAUAAAUAAAUAAAUAUUUUUCGU